AUGUCCAGUCCGCCGCGCAGUGUUAUUCAAACGCGACGCAUGAAGAAUGAAGCAUCUUCCAAGCUAGUGGAGAAUAACGGAGAACCGUCAGCUCAGCAACCCCAGCCUAUGCCUGAGCAGCAAUCGGAAAAUAAUAUGGAAGCCAAGAAAGACCUGGUGAAGCCGCAACCUCCGCGCAGUAAUAAAUCGGUAUCCUCGUCGGUUUUUAUGGCUAGAAAAAUGCAGUUAGAACUAGAGGCUGCAGAGUGUAAGGCUAGAAUCGACAAAGAACUAGUCGAUAAAAAAUUAGCUUUGGAGAUCGCAGCUCUGGAAGUGCAAUCAAAUAGAAGUGACAGAUCUCAUCGUUCUGCUAGCUCCAGCUAUAAAAAAGUUGAAGAAUGGCUCGUGCGCAGUGAUCACGUUACAGAACAAAAACCACAUCAAGAACUCGAAACCACCAGCUACGUUAACGGCGAGCCGACCGCCGUCCCCGCCGAUAACCCGAGCGCGCCGUGCGCCGACUACCCGGCCGCUGCCGCCGCUCGCGCCGACUACCCGGCCGCCGCCGCCGCUCGCGCCGACUUCCCGGUCACCGCUGCCGCUCGCGCCGACUUCCCGGCCGCCGCCGCCGGCAGCACCGACAAGCCACCGACCAAGCCGGCUCCGCAACCUGCCACUCAGCCAACUCCGCAGCCAGCAGUUCGGACAGCAUCACUGCAGUCUUCGCGUGAUCCGAGCGACAUCGAAAAAUUAGCUAACGCUCUGCAAAGUGCUAUUAGUGCCUCAACUUCAAAAGCCCACAGCCCUGAACUAGUAGCCAGGUUGGUAACAUCUAAGGACUUGCCGUUGUACUUCGGAGACCCCAUGGAAUGGCUGCAAUUUAAAGAUGCUUAUGAAGAGACAACAUUGCGCUGUAAAUUCAGUGACUCAGAAAACGUAGGCCGUUUGCGCAAAUGUUUACGUGGCGAUGCUAAGGAGGCAGUUGUAUCGAUGCUCAGCGGCAAAACUGAUCCAAAGAUUAUCAUGCAGACCCUCGGACUUCGUUUUGGACACCCGGAAGUGAUUAUUAACAAAAUAGUCAACCAGAUCAAGAAACUGCAACCGCUAUCUCAAGCUUACCACAAUGAAAUUGUUGUUUUUGCUACAAAAAUAAAAAACUUUGCAGUAACUGCUCGCUCAAUUGAUCAAGCUGAUUAUUUACGGAGCCCGGAGCUAAUAAACACCGUGCUGUCUAAGUGCCCAAGUGUCCUUAUAAAUCGGUGGGGUGACUACGUGUACGAACAUUUAUAUGAAAGUAAAAGGUCAAAGUUCGAACAUUUAUCGGAUUUUUUAGAGCUAGAGGCUGUAAAGGCUGCCUCAGCAGGAGUGUCUCACAUUUACAGUCAAGCUGAUAAGAAUAAAAAACAGCAUGAAGAGCGACGAGGUACCCAACACCCUGUUCUACUAAUGACUGACACAGAAAAAUGCAAUUUCUGUAAAAUAUCUAGCCACCAACUGCCAGACUGUCCACGGUUCAAGCGAGCGAUGCGGCGCGAUCGCUGGCGUUAUGUACGUUUUAGCAAAUUAUGUUUUAAAUGCUUAAUAUCGCAGCAUGAUAAGCAAACCUGCCCCGCCGCGGCCUGCAACGUGGAUGACUGCGGCCAGGAUCAUCAUAAAUUACUACAUUGGCUUCCAAAAAACAAGAAUGGUUUAAGUGAGAACUAUGUUAACUUUAUUGACAGUGAAUUUGCCGUACAAUCUAACCAGACUGAAACCGCGGACUUAAGUGAUUAUGUAAAUAACAUAAACAAUAAUAACAAGACAGUGCUAUUGAAAGUAGUAUCAUUAGUGGUGCACGGACCUAAUGGAAGCAAGCGAGCCUGCGCGCUACUUGAUGACGCGGCAUCGAUAUCUCUGGUAUCAGCUGAUCUCGCCGACACAUUGGGCUUGCGCGGCUACAGUAAAACGUUACAAGUUCAAGGCGCUUGGAAAAAUACAGAAUUACAGUGCAAAAGUGAAAUCGUAAACUUAACCAUUACAAAUAACACAGGUGAAUCAUUCGAUCUGUGCGCGCGUAAAAUGAGUGAUCUUGAUUUGGCAGUACAAAAACUAUCUAGUGUUAAAUUUGAGAGCUACGAACAGUUAAAAGACUAUAAGCAAUAUGUAUUGCACGUCGACGUUAAACCACAAUUGUUAAUUGGCCAGGACCAUUAUCAUCUAAUUGAACCUGUUACAAUAAUACGUGGAAGCAAAAAUAAGCCUUAUCUCUCACGCACACCGCUCGGCUGGUGUGUCCAUGGUAACAUAUGCGCUGCGCCCGCCGGCCGGCUACGGAAUGACGCAGCACUUUUAUCAACGCGAGCGCAGCCACUGCAUCACCUGGCGCCUGCACCCCCCGCCCCCGCGGCCCGCGCUGACUCAUUGCCUAUGUCUUAUCAGCUGUUGCCGUCGUGCAUAGAUAGUGCGAAUUAUUUACAACAUAAGGUCUACAAUAUCAACACUUGCUAUCCGGAAACUGUCACAUCUGUUCGUAAUAUUGAUAAUUGGGAAUCACAAGAGGAAAAUGAAGCCCUAAAAAACUUAACUAUGAUGGUACGUCAUUCAUUUGAACUGGAGGCAAUCGGUGUUACUACGAAACCUCGACAGAGCAAAGACGAGUUACAGGCGAUUUCAAUUCUCGAAGACACUGCCAAGCUAGUUAAUGGAAGAUGGGAAGUUGGCUUGCCAUGGAAAUCUGAUGCAGCCCUGCCGGAAUCGCAUUCUAUGGCCUUAAGAAGAUUACUUUGCCUCGAAAGAAAAUUUAAAAAAGAUGUGGAUUAUUUUUCCCGCUAUCGUGAAAGAAUAAACCAUUUGUUUAACAAUGGGUACGCUCGAGAAGUAAACACUUGCACAAUUACGGGACGCAUAUGGAAUUUGGCUCACUUUGGAAUUGAUAAUCCAAAUAAAAAGAAAUUAAGGGUUGUUUUCGACUCUGCAGCGACCUCUGGCGGACAUUGCUUGAACGAUUUUUUAUUGCAAGGUCCAGAUUUACUUCAAUCGCUUUUGGGAAUUAUGUUCCGGUUCAGGGAGGGUUCCAUCGCUUGGGCCGGAGACAUUAAAGACAUGUUUCUUCGAAUAAGGAUUAGAGAGGAAGAUCAGAACGCGCUGCGGUUUUUAUGGCGCGAAAGUACCUCAGAGCCUGUGAAGACAUACGCCAUGACGGCUUUGAUUUUUGGUGCGAACUGCUCACCGUUCGUUGCACAAUUUAUUAAAAAUAAAAACGCACAACGUUUCGAAGCUGACAUGCCUGACGCCGUGAACGCUAUAAUUAAAUCCCAUUAUAUGGACGACUACUUGGAUAGCCACGACGACGAACAAACAGCUGUCAAAAUUAUCAAUGAUGUUUUGAAAAUCCACAACGAUGGCGGAUUUGAAAUGAGAAAUUUAACAUGCAACAAACCGGAAAUAUUAAGUCAUAUGCCAGUUGAGACCUUGAGCCCUAGCGCAAUAAGGUUUAAAAUCGGUGGCGAAAACCUUUGCGAGCGAACGUUGGGAUUGUUAUGGAAUCCCGUUAUCGACUCGCUCGGCUUUGAUAUGUCGCUCAAGCGUAUUCCUGAUGAGAUAUUGUCAUUUAAGCAAGUGCCUACGAAGCGAGAAGUGCUUCGCAUUGUCAUGUCUAUUUUUGACAUAUACGGCCUACUUGCACCUUUCACAAUAAAAGGAAGAAUAAUUAUACAAGCGACAUGGAAAUUAAACAUCAACUGGAACGACCAACUACCUGAACAAUUAUUUGCUGCCUUUCGUGAAUGGAUAACUCAAAUGAAGACUAUCAAGGACUUGAAAAUACCUAGGUGGUAUUUCCUCAGCCCCACCCAAGGUGACACACUGCAGCUACACGUUUAUUGCGACGCUUCACCGAGCGCCUACGCAUGCGUUGCUUAUUGGCGUAUAGUCGACAACAAUAACAGCAUACGGGUUGCUUUUAUUGCCAGCAAGAGCCGUGUGUCCCCAAUUAAAUCUACGGUGACUGUACCUCGUAUGGAGCUCCAAGCUGCGGUGCUGGGGUGUCGCUUAGCAACAGUCAUAGAAAAUGAACACAGAAUUAAACCUACCGCACGUUUUUUCUGGUCAGAUUCUUCAACAGUUCUUCACUGGAUAAGAAACGAAAACAGGAACUACAAAGUGUUUAUCGCGAACAGACUGGGAGAAAUUGACUCGCUAAGUAAAAUAUCAGAGUGGUACUACGUUCCUACAAGUAUGAAUAUAGCAGAUGCAGCGACCAAAACAAACGCGUACAAAUUAGAGGCAAACAGUGAAUGGUUCAGGGGUCCAGCUUUUCUAUACUUACACACCAACGAAUGGCCAUCCACAUCUGAAAACCUUGACGAUGUGGAUGAAGCAAAUCUAGAGAGAGUACUUACCAUAGACGAGACCUGCCACAGCGAUUUACCGGUUCCAGAUCCUGGCAGAUUUUCAUCCUGGCGGCGUCUUUUAGGAGCUAUGUCGACCGUCAUAAAAUUCGUGAACAAGUGCAGAAGAUUACCUGAGCAGACUGAGUACGACAUCAUGAAACAGGCAGAGAGUCUAAUAAUACGCCAAGCCCAGCAAGACACAUUCGGAAAAGAAUUGGCUGCACUAAAAACCUUUAAAAAUAUAGAAAAAAGCAGUAAGCUAAUCAAACUAUCGCCGUUCCUAGAUGAGUAUGGCGUUCUGCGUGCUGGUGGGCGAAUUGGUGCAGCUACCGAAAUUCCCGCGGAAACCAAGCAGCCUGUCAUUUUGGAUGGCCGCCACCAAGUAUCAAGAUUAAUUGCCAGACAUUAUCAUAUUCAAGCAGCCCACGGAAAUCAGGAGACUGUGGUGAACGAAUUAAAGCAAAAAUAUUGGCUCAUAAAACUACGACCUACUGUAAAAUACAUAUCAAGCCAGUGUAUGCUAUGCAGACUUCGAAAAGCAAAGCCCCAGGUUCCCAGAAUGGGCGAUUUACCUGCAGCCCGUAUGGCACACCACCAGCGUGCUUUUACGCAUUGCGGCGUCGACCUAUUUGGCCCAAUGGAAGUUACCGUCGGGAGACGCAGGGAGAAGAGGUACGCUGUAUUAUUUACUUGCUUGACAGUGAGGGCAGUACAUAUAGAAAUAGUCUGUUCACUCACGUCAGAUUCUCUCAUAAUGGCUCUGCGUCGUAUGGCAGCCAGAAGAGGCUGGCCGUAUUGCCUUUACUCUGACAACGCCACUAAUCUUCGCGGGGCCGACAUUGAAUUAAAACGAGCAAUUCAGGACAUCGACACCGAGGCACUGAAGAAAGUAGGAGCGGCACACGAUAUAAACUGGACGUUUAUCCCUCCUCUCAGUCCCCACUGGGGAGGCGCCUGGGAGCGACUAAUCGGAGCUACAAAGAGAUCUCUUAGAGUAAUCCUUAAAGAGCGUGCGCCCCGCGACGAGACUCUCGCUACUCUAAUAGCUGAGGUGGAGGGGAUAAUGAACAGUCGCCCUUUGACCCACGUUGCCGUUGAGCCGGGGAGUCAAGAAGCUAUUACACCAAAUCACUUCUUGAUUGGCUCAUCUUCCCUGCUCCCAGUGCCGGGAGCAUUCAACGACUCAGAGUUCUUCCUGCGUAAGCAAUGGCGCAUAGCGCAACGCCUUGCGGAUAUGUUCUGGAAGAGAUGGGUCAAGGAAGUACUACCCGAAAUGAUACCACGAACCAAGUGGAACCAAGAAGUGAGGCCGCUACAGGUGGGAGACAUUGUGUUAAUAGUUGACCCUGACGGCCCCAGAAAUGUAUGGCCACGAGGCGUAAUAGAAGAGACAUUCGCAGGCAAAGACGGCCGAGUAAGGGUAGUUACAGUGAGAACAAAAUCUGCAACACUGAAACGACCUGCCACACGCGUCGCACUGGUUCCCAUGGGAGAUGAGUGCAGCUAG